CUCUCUCUCUGCCUACACAAGAAAGAGUCGGCUUCAUUGCCAGAGCUAGUCUCGUUCGAGCUCGAGAAAUGGAGGGAGUUGGGUCGAGGGAUUCAACGUCUUUUCAUUCUCUGUUUUCGCUGUCUGAGAUCGUGGAGAUGGAGAAUAUACUUAAUGAGAUGGGAGAGAAAUCUUUGCAUCAAGAGUUUUGUGAAGAACUUGCAACAAGAUUAAGUUCCUCAGCAAUUCGAGCUGGAAGAGCUGCAUUGACGUGGCAACAGGUGCAAAGCUGGUUCCAGGAUAAACACAAAGAGUUGCAAGCUGAAACCGUGUCUUCACCUAUUGCACUGAAGCUGUUUGUUGAUCUUUCAGAGGCCACCGUUUCUAGAGACGCCAGUGAAAGUACCCAGAAGCCUGAAGGUGAUGAUGCGAUAGAUCUAUCAGAAUUGGCAUUUGAAGCUAAAUCCUUCAAAGACGAGGCCUGGUACGACGUCGCUUCAUUUCUCACCUUCAGGGUUCUUUGUACGGGUGAACUUGAAGCUCGUGUACGAUUUGCUGGGUUUGAUAAAGGGGAAGAUGAAUGGGUCAGUGUGAGGAAGGGCAUCAGGGAGCGAUCUAUUCCUUUAGAACCUUCAGAGUGCCACCGAGUCAACACUGGAGAUCUUGUUCUGUGCUUUCAGGAACGAUUUAAUCAAGCAGUCUAUUGUGAUGCCCAUAUUAUGGAAAUUCGGAGAAAACUGCACGAUGACAGCAGUUGCACUUGCGUCUUCAUUGUCCGUUACGACCAUGAUUUCAGUCAGGAAAUAGUUGAGUUGAGCAGAUUGUGUUGCCGGCCGAGGCAAGAAGCGUGCCCACAGCUUCCCGAGACCAGUCAGCAUGAAACUGCCUUGAGCAUCUCGGCCCGUAGCUUGUGGGAGUAGCUGGUGCAUUGCCCCAGAAAAUUGGAGACUAACCUCAAAAAAAAAAAAAAACACCAAUGGGGUUUCCAAUUUUAUUUGCUUGUUCUGAAUUUGAUGUAAAAAAUAAUAAUAAAACCUACGAAAUUGAAGACAAGGAUGAAAAGUACGUCAAAUUCAUUACAAGACUCAAUUAGACGUAAGCAUGCGAAGUGCCUUUCUAUGGAACGUUUCCAGAAGACGAUAGCAUGUUGAACUCACAGCCAUGCUAACCAUUGGUGAAGAGCAAUGGCGUCUUCAACGACCAGCUGAUUAACGAAUGAUCCGCACUUCUCCAAAUUCGAUGAUCAUGAUCAUGUUAUUCCAUUUAUUCUGAAGAAAAAACUUAGGUUUGCCUGUA